UGAUGUUCCUACUACUAUAGCGUCAGACACACCCUAAUACUGCUGUCCCUACUACAGUAGAAUCACACACACCCUAAUACUGCUGUUCCUAGUACAAUACAAGUAGGAAGGCGUGGCGGAAUAGGGAGCAGUUAGCUGGCGGACCCACGCCAGAGGCAGCAUAACAAGAGAAGAACAAAUGACUGGUGUUCUCCAGCCACCUCCGUAAGGUGAGCGAGAGAUCGAUACUCCCUCCCUGGGCGGGGGGUGGUGGAUGUUUGGGGAGUAGGGGUAAGGGGUUAGGCUGGCCAGUCCCCCCUCCCCCCCUGUCUGGCUCGCCCUGACUCAUCAUCUGUGCCAUGUCGUCGGUGUUUUGGUAUAUAAGAGGGUCGCAGCUGGUCCUAGAAGCAGUAGACCACCAGACAGUGUACAAAGUAUAUAAGAAAAGUGCUUAUUAUCCCGCCAGCAGGACUAGAAGGGCGGGACGCGGGGGAGACGGGGGGACAGACGAAGGAAGGUCGAUGACCCGCCCGUUUAACACAAGUGCCAGUUUAGAACAUUUUCUCAGCAAAUUGCUGCAGUCACUCUUGGUGUUCGGAGAAAGAUAUUACUCUGAGAGUGCUCAUGUGAGUGGUGGGAGCAGGUGUGCAGAGUACCGAGAGUAGAGGAGCAGCAAGAUGAGGGCUGUAGUAAGUGAGGUUAAAGUAGUGGCGAGUGGCUGCGGCAGCAACCGUCUGUGGGGUCCCAGCCAGCGAGCCACUCCGCCACUUCCACGCCGGGUCCCGAGCCGAGCAGACCACAGCUGGCAGCCAGGACAGCCCACCACGCCCUACUAUCUCACUGCUAGUCAGGCCUCGAGGCCACCUCUUACCACCCGCUCAGCCUUUCUGCAGUACCGGAAAUUACACUUGCGACAGAGGAAGCAGCCCCAAAGACUAUAUUUAGCUGGCCACGAGGCGGCUGACCCAGCCAGUGGCGACCCGUUACGUGAGGGGUGCCUCCCGCACCGGCCAGCAGCCUCCGCACUGCACCAGCUGCUGCUGCUGCUGCUGCUGACCCAGCCACCACCCCAUCCAUCAGUGAUACACACACCACUUGUCACCCCAGUGCUACUCGACCAUGCUUUCGGUACCUGCACGAUCUCUCAUGCCCCUUUACUAAAAAGACCAUCACGUAGAUAAGAUUUCUAAAGUUGUCACUGGAGUCCUUGCCUCAACCUUCGUAUGGAAACGUGACGUGACGUGACGGAGCAGGCGCGGCGAGGCAUCAGCUGGGCGGGUGUCAAAAGGGGAGGGGAAGAGGCACUCGGCAACAGCGGGGCCAGCGACAGGGAGGCCUACCACGCUGAGCAACCCCUUACCCCCUAGCUGCCAUCGUAACUAUCUCCCCUACUGAUACUGCCCAGACCAACCUCCCGCUAAAGCAGUGGCAAUAGAACCCAAACUCUUGCCCUCACCAGUCGUGCUGCCACCUGUGUCCUUCCUUCGGCCUUCACACUAUAGCCUCCAGCCCUUCCUGCAGCAAGGCAUGACGCUGCUAUCCCUGGGGCCCUAGGGAGUGGCACCCUAAGGCUGAGAGGGACCGGUGUCGCGCCUAACACCUCAGUUCCUCAAUAUAGCACGCCACGUGGCCGUCGGCUGGCUGGCUGGCUCUCCGCACCGCCUUCCUGGAAGUGAAAGUUGGUCAGCCAAGGUUUCUCGUCGAGGUCAGUGCAGUCCCACCUGGCCAGCCCCACCACCUGCAAGCCUGGGACGCUCUCACCAGGUCGGAAGAGUGAACAGUGCUAUAGGGAUUUUCAUGAGAAAAGUGGAUGGGGUAGUAUGGAGAGCAGCAGGUGGGACCCACUGGCGCCACCCGUGGAAUGUGUUGAUACACUUGUGAUGCGUCGCCCAGGGACACAAACAUUUAUAUUGAUCUGCUGCUGUCUUGUCGCCCACUGGGAAGGAUGUUCUAGAGAGGACAUGCUUCCCACUCAUCACGUGAAACCUGCCGGAUGUUACGUCACCGUAGACAUUUGCCAUUAUGAACCCCUCACCAUGACUGGUCAGCGCUUCGAAAGCGUCAUAAAAAUGAAGCCUCCCAAUUGGUGCUGACCGUACGAUGACGUCACGAAGGGGGUUCCUGAUUGGCCAACUACGGCUGGUGACGUGUAGGCGGAGCAGUGCUGUGGUUGGUGGAGGCAGCAGCUGCCAGAACCAGCCAGACCACGGCGGCGCUCACAUGGCCUGGGAAUGGAACCUCCAGUCUGGACGCUUCUCAUCAGCUGUUCACUGGGGUUGAGCAUCAGCGGACGCCUCUGGCCUACACUCCUGCCUACCUAGUCGCAUUUAUUCCAGUUAAGGAAUACCUACUUCUUUGCCGACUGGAGGCACAACAUUACGGGACUUUGUCGCUGGCAAGGCAAAGGGGGCCCUUAUUCUAGGGCCAUAGGAUCUGUUGAAAGUUCAGCCGGCGACACCUUGACAUCAGUUGCUGCCGGCCGGCUUGUCUUCUCAAGGUGAGUAGAACAUUCUAGAGCCUAGUGGUGCCUCGCCCAUACAGCCCCUUAUGUCUGCUUCUGCCACCACCAGCAGCCCUGCCUCCUGCUCUCUCUCCCUCCCUCCACCCCUCACUACCAAGACGCAAAUACGGCUCACACUCGUGCAAAAACUUCCCGGAAGUGUUGAACAAGUAAACCAUGUGAGAUGAGUAAGGCCCCUGGAUUUUCUGUGAUUGUCAACUUUUUGUAACUUAAAAGUUUUGAUAGAACGCUGAAAUGCAAAUUUUACUAAUAGAUUUUUACACAGCCAUACUGCGACAUCUGUUGUAUUUUUUGUACACGAUAUACAAAGUUUUUAGGCCAUAAUACAGAAUGGCCGACACAGUGGAGUCAGUAUCUUGUGUGAAGUGUCUGUAGUGACUUGUAAAAAUGGGCCUCUGUCGCAAUGUGUUUUUUCCCGAGAGUUUGUGUGAUGUGUUGGCUAGCAGAAGGCACUCGAGUGCUUCCCAGAACUGCGUGGGUAGUUGGGACUGGUGGCGUUUCCAGGAGUUGCUGCCUUGUGGAGCAAGAGAGAGUUGCUGGUGGUGGUAAAUGGAACAUUGCUGUUGGUGGCAUAAAGUGGCCUUAAAUGGCGAUGGUAGCAGGUAACAUGUUACAGGUUUCCAGGAUGUCAGGUAUUUCACGAGCUUCAGGUAGAGAGAUCUGAGUGAACGUGGCAAGACUAUGAAGUUGAGGCACGUCUAGAGAGAAAUACCUGUGAUCUCGUUGACGUUCCUGCGUCCAGAGAGGAAUACCCGUAAUAUCAGUGACGUUCUCUCGUCUACAGAGGAAUACCCGUGCUUUCACUGACGUUCACAUGUCACUGAUUGCUCAAAAUCUUCCGAUAAUUUCCACCAAGCGAAGAAUUCUCAGUUUUAUAAAUUUAGUAAACUUGUCGGCAAGCACUACGAUCGUGUAACCUAAAGAAAUGUAUCCUAACUUCAGCCUAACUUACGCUGCAUAACUCGUGGGUAUAUUUUAUAAUAUCACCUAGUCUGCCGCUUGGAUAACUCACUGAAAUCAGUGAUUUCACCACAUUCCUCAAAAAGUAUUCUCUCUAGCUCUAAUACGCAGCAGAAGCAAAAUUAUUAUUACUAUUUCAUUUCUGCUUUGCUCUUUUGCAAAAUACUCUUAGCCUUUCAUCAACAGCAGUGAGAGGUCUUAUUUUGUGCUUUAUAAUCAAUUUAAGGGCGUGUGUAUACAUGUUUCAAUUACUAAAUUGUUCCAAGAGCGACUGGAUGCACCUUACCUUCGUUAAUUACUGGCUGGUAAAGAGCAGAAAGUAUGACUAGUUUGGAGCCAUGGGUUACAUUUAACAAGAUUGCAGUAAGCCUUAGAUUAAGUUAGACAGGAUGGUGAGCCAGGAGUGAAGUGAACUGAACUGUGACUCGCAGUACAAUACUGUACUCACCAUCAAAAGUAACCACAUACUCUUGCCACAUUCAAAAGCACAUCUCUUCCGUUUAUUCACGCCAUUUUGUCGCAGCGUAGAUCCUUGAAACCUGGGAACAGUUCCUCCUCCUGUCAAAUGUUUCCAAUAUGCAACAUGUAGCUCAUGAUGAUGGCCAGCCUUCAAGGGACAGAUGACUUGAUUGGUGGGGAGAAGGGUGAACGGCUCUUGACCCAGGGACUUAGAGCUGUCCUGCAUUUCGGCUCAAACCUGACUGCCACCCUUUCUCCUGGCGCCGAACGACGACUACGGUUUUAAUAAUUCCUCAUAAAUAUAGCAUUAAUGAUGAAGAUGGCGUGGGUAAUAUGGCUUCUCACUACCGUAGAAUUUUUUGUCAAGACUGAUUCUCACUCUCCUCUUUUCCUCUCGUUAGUAAUUUAUAAUUUUGACAAUUUUGUCAACUUAUUUUAAUAAAAAUUCUAGCUUGACACAGGAGCUUGACCUCUAUAUCCAUAAAGCUCGCAAGACAUUUUCUUCAGCCGGUAGAUGUUCCUAGUGUUGUGCGAGAAGUAUUAACAUAGUGCUAAAAACAAGUAAAAAUACAAAGCUAACAAGUCUGGCGUCAUGGUCAGUUCAAGGUCUGAAAGUCUUGUGACAAACAGGAAGACUUGGUAGGCUUCCAUGGCAAACAGGAGCGAGUGAACAAAUCCUUAUGGUUAACGAAGGAGCACGUUAGCAACGUCAGUCACCUGAAGAUAUAUAACUCCAAGGUAGUAAGUUUGUUUUGCCAGCCUCGUCAUCCUGCAUCUUUGCUCUACCUAGAGCCUUCUCACUCCUGCUAUCUCGUUUACUGCUCUGUAUAACUAACACUUGUCUUCAAACUAGUUCAGUACCCCGCUUUUAUUUGUAUUUACUAAAAGUUUCAACUUGAUGAAUAAAUACUUGAUAGGGUGAAUGGUUUGUCAGGUUACCUGGAGGUUACCUGGUGGGUAACUGGAAAAACCUGCAAGAGGAAAAGCAUUCAUUAUACAAUACUGGAAAUUCCAAUCACCUGCUUUCCGAAUGUUCACCAGCUGACCUAGGUUAGUGUUCAUGUUAUGGCAUUGGACACUUUUGUCCAUCAGGAAGGAACCUUCCCUAACUGCCAUCAGUUUUAUUUGCAUGUAUGUGGGUAUUUUACCAUUGUAUAUACCAGCUUACUCUGCCACCAACCAUUCCUACACUCAUGUCGCAGAAGUCUUGCUUCACCUCGAGUGCUUGGAGUUGGUUCAGUAGUAUUGGCAUACAGGUGGCAGUUCUGUAACACUAGGUUGUAGUGGUUCAGUAGCUCCAACACUGCAGCUCUCCUGGAGUGUUGGAGGAGUGGCGGCUGCGGUCAUCUGAGGAGGAGGGGGUGGCGGCGGCUGUGGUUAUCUGGGGAAGGGGAAGUGGCGGCUGGGGUCUUGGCUGCGCCUCCCCUUCCCCUCACUCGUACCACUAACACCCCUUCCACCUUCCAGUCUUACCACUAACACUUUCCUUCCACCUUACCACUACUAACAUCAUAACAUUCUCACAUCACUGUCUGCCUGUAACAACCACUGUGGUGCCAUCCCAUCACAAAAACCAUUACAUUACUACCACUACAUGCCACACUACUACCACCACCUCCACCCACUACAUGCCACACUACUACUACCACCACCUCCACCCACUACUUGCUACACUACUACCACCACCUCCACCCACUACUUGCUACACUACUACCACCACCUCCACCCACUACUUGCUACACUACUACCACCACCUCCACCCACUACUUGCUACACUACUACCACCACCUCCACCCACCACUUGCCACACUGCUACUAUCACCACCUCCACCCACCACUUGCCACACUGCUACUAUCACCACCUCCACCCACCACUUGCCACACUGCUACUAUCACCACCUCCACCCACCACUUGCCACACUGCUACUAUCACCACCUCCACCCACCACUUGCCACACUACUACUACUACCACCACCUCCACCCACCACUUGCCACACUACUACUACUACCACCACCUCCACCCACCACUUGCCACACUGCUACUACCACCACCUCCACCCACCACUUGCCACACUACUACUACUACCACCACCACCUCCACCCACCACUUGCCACACUGCUACUACCACCACCUCACCCACCACUUGCCACACUGCUACUACCACCACCUCCACCCACCACUUGCCACACUGCUACUACCACCACCCACUACUUGCCACACUAUUACCACCACCCACUACUUGCCACACUAUUACCACCACCCACUACUUGCCACACUAUUACCACCACCACUACUUGCCACACUAUUACCACCACCCACUACUUGCCACACUAUUACCACCACCCACUACUUGCCACACUAUUACCACCACCCACUACUUGCUACACUAUUACCACCACCACCCAUUACAUACCACACUACCACCACCACCCAUUACACACUUUCACCACCCAUUACACACCACCCAUUACACACUACCAUCACCACCCAUUACACACUACCACCACCACCCAUUACACACCACCCAUUACACACCACCCAUUACACACCACCACCCAUUACACACCACCCAUUACACACUACCACCACCACCCAUUACACACUACCACCACCCCCAUUACACACUACCACCACCCCCAUUACACACUACCACCACCCCCAUUACACACCACCCAUUACACUACCACCACCACCCAUUACACUACCACCACCACCCAUUACACUACCACCACCACCCAUUACACACUACCACCCAUUACACACCACCACCCAUUACACACUACCACCACCACCCAUUACACGCUGCCAAUAUUGGAUAAACUGCAGCUUUACCUUACCUCCUUUCUACCUGGAGGUUGUUGCGGGGGUCAACGCCCCCGCAGGCCGGUCAAUGAUUAUGCCUCGCGGUGGAUCAGGCCUUGAUCAACCAGGCUGUUACUGCCGGCCGCGCGCAAUCUAACGUACGAACCACAGCCUGGCUGGUCAGGCACUGACUUUAGAUAUCUGUCCAGUUCGCCCAUUCUGUGCCUCUUAGUAUGCCAUUCUCUUCUCUCCCGUUCCUGUCCGAGUCCAUUGCAAGUCAUUACAUACCUUCCUCUUUUAUCCCUUGUCUGUCUUUUUCGGUCAGUUCCACAUUUUCCCCCCUCGCUCAGGCCGGGCUGCGAGGAGAAAGAGCUCGAAACAGGUUACAGGUAUAUGCCUUUGUUCCACCAGAUACCAAGAAGACUUCCUCUCAACUCUCUAACCUCUUCUCUCUUCCUAUACUUGUUUUACUUUCUUCUGUUUCCUUUGUUGUCUCAAGUUGUCGAGCCUCUUGCUGCUGCUGGUGGUUUGCGAUCUAGCUGAAGUGGGAUAAAACAGACCAGAAAGCUAGCGGCUGUUGGUUACACUUGAGCACAGGUUUAGCCAGGCUUGGUCAGGUUUAGCCAGGCUUGGUCAGGCUUGGUCAGGUUUAGCCAGGCUUGGUCAGGCUUGGUCAGGUUUAGCCAGGCUUGGUCAGGUUUGGCCAGGUUUAGCCAGGCUUGGUCAGGUUUGGCCAGGUUUAGCCAGGCUUGGUCAGGUUUGGCCAGGCUUGGCCAGGUUUGGCCAGGUUUGGCCAGGCUUGGCCAGGCUUGGCCAGGCUUGGCCAGGCUUGGCCAGGCUUGGCCAGGUUUGGCCAGGCUUGGUCAAGUUUGGCCACUCUUGGCCAGCAGCACUGCCCUUUCAAACGCUUUCCCCCUCCACUUCCUUAUCUGGCUGUCUGCCUCUAUCCACUCCCACACUCUUAUCAAAACAUGGCUACCUCCAUCCCUUUCCUCGAGCACCUUCCCUCCCUCCCUAGCACUACCGGACACCACCUUCCCUCUCACUUACCUAAGCCUCUUUCCUCUCCUUCGAACAACUUAACGACUUCGGUUUACUGGGUCAUCAGUAGAUUGUGUGUGAAGCCACAGAUAAAUCAGCUCUCGCUUCUAACUCCGGCUCAAGCAUUUCUUGAUCAUCUUGCCUUUAUCUGCUCUCUUCGUUUAUCCGCCAUAUCCAUAUCUAAACAACUCUUCUGUUUCUAAAUAUCCUAUUUUUUUUCACUUACACUUCGUAUAUACCUAUACCUGUAUGAGUUUUUUUUUUAUGUAUAUACACAACCACAACUUCAAAUUUCGCCCGUGCCACUCCGAUGCUGUCCAAAUGUUAACACUUUUGGCAGUUCUGUUACACAUGGGACCAUAAAACAACUGUUGACUCUUGGAAGGUGUAUUGGAACCAUGUGUGCAUGAUGUGCAGGAGCGGCAGUUUAUGUGGUGUUUGGUGUCUGUGGUGUGGUUGAGGAAGGGUAAUGGUGUGUACUUUGGGGAGAGUAAUGGUUGUGGUGUGUGUACUUGGCGAAUCGUAAUACUGCUGGCGUGUAGCUGGGAAAGGAUGGCGGUGUUAUGUAAUUGAAGGAUGGUGAGGGUGGAAGGGUGGUGUGUGGUUGGGAAAGGGUGGAAGGUAGGAGAGACGGUGGUGGUGGGUGAAGAGGUAGGAGUUGUAGAGGGGUAGGAAGCAGCAGCAGCUGUGCAGAUGCGCGCGAGAGGACACACACACACACACACACACACACACACACACACACACACACACACACACACACACACACACACACACACACACACACACACACACACACACACACACACACACCGCACUUUUCUGUUAGGCACAGUGGCAUAAUUUAUGAAGCCAAGCUAUGGCCACAAGCUUCACCCGUCACAGUAUCCCAGAUAACCAUAACAUUCAUCACGGUGACAUGCACUACGCAGUUAGUCCUGAUAUCGUAGAUUAGCAGCAGGAGAGUAAGAUAACGGGGGAGAGCAAUUAUAAGCAUCCUUAGAAUAAUAUUUGUCCUUGCUAUGUUUAAAGUCUGCUACUUCAACCAUCAUCUCACUUGUAGACAACAGCAUCCUGACGGGCGUUACUGAACGGGAUGUCUAAACCUGAACACUUUAAUUACUCCCUGAGAGAUGGAGAGGAAGUUCUCAGUGAAAAGCAGGGAUGCAACAAGUACACUGAUAAUCAGUGUAAAGGGUCAACGACUUUUCAACACCCCUUCAUAUGUAAGGGGUGUUAAUGCAUUUAAAGAGGAAACUUAAUAAAGUUCAGCCGGACUAUUUGCUUAUGUUGGCCUGCGUGCUGCUGCUAACAUCCUGAUUGAUCAAACCAUCACCAAGAAAGCCUGCUCGGUCUGGUACCGGACUUGUGGGAGAUGACUCCGAAAUUAACAAAAGGUAUCCCUUACCCCCCAUCCCCAUUAUCCCGUAAAAACAUAAUGGGGAGUCGGAAUGAAAAGGAACUCUUUUGAAAGGGUAGAGAGAGUAACAGACCAGUUCGGAAAAUUUCGUUGAUGUGGAAGGUCAUUGCCUCCGUCACGAGGGGAGACGGGGGGGAGGGGGAGUGAGUAGCACGAUGUCACAAGCCUAGAUUUAUAUCUGGUACUGAUAGUGCCGCCGUCUUGUACCUUCCAGAAACUAAUGUCACUACUUUGCUUCUUGAUACUGCGAUGUCACUGCUGUGUUGUAUCUUGGUACCGUUAUAUCAGUGAUGUGUUGUAUCUACUUGGCACUGUAGUGUCAGUGUAGUCUACCUUCCUGGCACUCGUGUCAUUGUACGUUAUCUUCCUAGCACCACUGAUGCCAGUCUUCCAUCGCCAUAAAAUCACUUUAGAGGUGAGAGCGCGUACUUUACUAGUUGUGAAUGCACUUGGUGUGUCGUAGCUCGUGGCCCCUAACUGCAGGUGAUUUUUUUUCGUAAGUUAAUUGGUUAUUGAUUUAGGUAUGUAUUUUUGUUCUGUGGUCGAAAUGAGAGGUUUAAAUGAGAUUAGCAGUGUUGGAAUUAAUGGCCUGAAGACUGUGUAGCAGCCAACAGUUGUGGUGGUACAGGAAGAACCAGGAAGACAGAUGGUGUGGAUGAGUGGGAAGAGAAGAACCAGGAGGCAGAGGCUGAGAUGAAUUAGGGGAAUACAAGGAAGAGCCAUAAAUUGCAGUGUUGUGGAGGGUACAUUACACGAGAUGGUGGUUCGAGAGGCGAAAAGCGUACCUCGGCAGGGAGACAUACACGAGAUAGUUUGAGAGGCGGACAGCGUACCCCGGCGGGGAGACACACACGAGAUGGUGGUUUGAGGCGGAAAGCGUACCCUGGCGGGGAAGCAUUACACGAGGAGAUGGUGGUUGGAGAGGCGGAAAGCGUACCCUGGCGGGGAACUCGGCACCCAGACACCAGUAUUGAUCUUUGCUCGUAACAUAUUCACCUUACAUUGGUGGUCCGCCCACCCUCCCUCUUAUUCCCUCUCCCUCCACCCCUCUCUCUCCCCUCCUCCUGUUCAACCCCUCACCCUCUCUAGUUAGCUUUUGUUCCAACUGUGUAACUUAUCACAUGGAAAAGCGUAGUUGCACACUGCUGCUGUAUCCAAUUUUCCUCACUCACAAAGUUUAAAUAAUUAAGGACCCCAGUGGAACUAAGUGACUUUGACUUGAUUAUGUUAUGCCAAGUUCAAUUCUACCUAAUCUACUAUUUUAGUACGAACCCUAAAAAUGUUAAAUUUUUACAAUGUUUCGUAUAAUAAAUUAGCAAAAUUUGACUUCGGAAAGCCAUUUUCAUAUUAAAAUUAAGAACGAGGCCUAAAUAAACUUUUACUCUCCGUCUUUCAUCUAUCUGGAAUAUCUAAUCUAAUCCAGUCUUGCAGCCCCCUUUCCUCCCUCCCGUCUUAACCUUACCCUAGGCCUAUUUCCAGUACCUUCCUACCCCAACAUGAAGCACACGUGUGCUCAGCGCUCCAUCAACCUAGUAUUGCUGGUGUCUGGUCGUCUUUUAUGUCGGUUAAAGCAAAAUGUGUCCUAAUGUUGUCAUAACGUUAUUUUAAGGUGUACAUUCACUCCUGCCUACAGCCGAUACUUUCCGAAGAGGAUCCUGAGGGAAAGGGGCCUUAUAGAAAAGUCAUUUCUUGGGUUAUCCAGAGCCUCCUGGGUUAAUAAUCUGAAGCUUCUUUUUUCCGAUAAGUCUUAUAUGAAGCGACUCGGCAAGACAAACAACUAAUCUCCCCCCUCCUCCUCCUCCCUUGCCUUUCCCGCUGAACCGGAAAAGGAAACUAAAACAGAAAACCCUCAAGACGUGAACAUCCGGUUAUAAGAGUUAACGAAGAUGAUUACAACACAUACUGUAGCGGAGACAUCUUGUGUGGUCAGUCGGAGGAAAAAAAAAAAACACUAAUACUAGUAGUCCCAGCGUAUCCGGUCGAGGUCCUGAAGCCUUGAACACAGUUGAUGUGGAAACCUUGUUGCGGAGAAAAACAACCGAGGAUGUGGUUUCUGUUUUAAUAAAAAUGUAGAGUAAAUGGUUGAACAAAGUGUACCGGUACCAUAGGAACUAUACAAAGAGCAGAAAACUGAUGGUUUGCAUAUGGCCUCAAAAUCCGCUGCAGUAGAGACAUUGUUGUGUACAGUAAAAUCCAACUGAAGCCUAACGAUACCUCUAACAAAAUCCACUAUCGAAGAAAUUUUCACCGAGCACAUUACACACACAGGUUCAGACAGAUAAGGGGUGUGCAUAUCGGUUGAGUGGGCAGUGCUGGUAGACUUAAUAAGGCGAGACAAAUUGCAGAAAUUGUCACAUUCUAUACAUAGCCUGUCUGCUUGAGGCCUGAGUGUGCAGAUACCAGUUGUCCUUGCUCCAGUCUGGAUCUUACCCUGGUAGAGAACCUAUCCUGUGUUCUAGAUUCUGCCCUGAUUGAGCCUAAGAUGUGUUUUCUCGUCGUAGGGUUCCUACCAGGAUAAGAUCUAUCUAGUGGCCUUGUUCUAGAUCCUACCCUGGUAGAGGGCCUAUCCAGUGUGGGGGGGAGGGGUGGGGGUGGAAGGAUCCGGGUAAAAGUCCUGCGUGCAAGGUUUCUCGUUGCAUUGCAAUUCGUCACUCAAGGUCACCAGGUAUCUCAACCAGUCAUGUGAAAGGUUUUUAGUAAAAAUAUUUUUUUAUUAGGAAUUUAGUAGGGACACACACACACACACACACACACACACACACACACACACACACACACACACACACACACACACACACACACACACACACAGUGGUAAUUGCAGUGACGCAUAACCCACCACAGAACAGCAGGAGGCUAAGGGAAGAGAAUAAUGAGAGUAACAGAGCAAUGGUUGACAGUGGCUGAAGUGGCCAGAAGGGUUCAUGCGAGCCGGGCAAAUUUACUGACUGUGGGUGACUUCAAUCACAAAGAAAUUAACUGGGAGAGCUUGGAGUCACAUGGAGGGCUAAGAGGUGGUACCUGGAGAGAGUUCCGGGGGUCAACGCCCCCGCGGCCCGGUCUGUGACCCUCCUGUACCAACACGUAAGGGACACAACCAGAAAGAGAAGAGAGGAUGAACCAGCAAGACUGGACCUAGUAUUCACCUUGCAUAGUGCAGAUGUUGAGGACAUCACAUAUGAAAGACCCCUUGGGGCCAGUGACCACGUGGUUUUAAGCUUCAAAUACAUAGUUAAAAGUAGAGAGGGAAGAAGGAAGGGCAGGACGAAUGAAGCUAAAGUACAAGAGUGGAAACUACAGAGGCAUGAAGAAUUUCCUGCACGGGACAGUGGGACAGAGCACUGGCAGGGAAGUCAUUCAGUGAGAUGAUGGAAUAUGUGACAACAAUAUGCAAGGAAGCCGAGGAGAGGUUUAUACCCAAGGAUAACAGAAAUAGAGAAGGCCAGGAUGAACCCUUGGUUCACUCAAAGGUGUAGAGGCCAAAACCAAGUGUGCGAGGGAAUGGAAGAAGUAUAGAAGGCAAAUGACCCAGGAGAAUAAGGAGAGCAGUCGUAGAGCCAGAAAUGAAUAUUCACAGGUAAGAUGGGAGGCCGAACGACAAUACGAAAAUGACAUAACAGCGAAAGUCAAAUCUGAACCAAAGCUGUUGUACAGCCACAUCAGUAGGAAAACAACAGUCAAGGACCAAGUAAUCUGACUGAGGAAGGAAGGAGGGGAGAUCACAAGAAACGACAGAGAUGUGAGGAGCUCAACAUGAGAUUCAAAGUGUUCAGAGGAGACAGAAGGGACUCCGGAAAGACGGAGAGGUGGGGUACACCAAGUGUUGGACACAAUACAUAUAACCGAGGAAGAAGUGAAGAGGCUCCUAAGGGAGCUAGAUACCUCAAAGGCGAUGAGGCCAGAUAGCAUCUCUGCAUGGGUCCUGAGAGAGGGAGCACAGGCACUGUGUGUGCCACUAACAGUCAACACAUUUAUCGAAACGGGGCAACUACCUGAGGUAUGGAAGACAGCAAAUGUAGUCCCAAUUUAAAAAACAAAUAAAAGGAGACAGACAUGAAGCAUUAAACUACAGACCAGUGUCACUGACAUGUAUAGUAUGCAAAGUCAUAGAGAACAUUAUCUGAAGAGUGAUGGAGCACCUAGAAAGGAAUGAGCUUAUCAAAGACAACCAGCACGGUUUCAGGGAUGAGAAAUCCUGUGUCACAAACCUACUGGAGUUUAUGACAGGGUGACAGCAGUAAGACAAUAGAGAGAGAGGGGUGGGUAGACUGCGUUUUCUUGGACUGUAAGAAGACUUUUGACAGUUCCACACAAGAGAUUAGUGCAUAAAAUGGAUGACCAGGCGGGUAUAACAGGGAAGGCACUGCAGUGGAUCAGGAAAUACCUGUCGGGAAGGAAUCAGCGAGUCGUGACGAGGUGUCAGAAUGGGCGCCUGUGACGAGCGGGGUUCCAAAGGGGUCAUAGGACCGGUGCUGUUUCUGGUAUAUGUGAACGACGUGACAGGAAAUAGACUCAGAAGUGUCCCUGUUUGCAGAUAAUGUGAAGUUGAUAAGAGGAAUUCAAUAGGACGAGAACCAGGCAGAACUACAAAGGGAUCUGGACAGGCUGCAGGCCUGGUUCAGAACUGGCUCCUUGGGUUCAACCCCACCAAGUGCAAAAUCAUGAAGAUUGGGGAAGGGCAAAGAAGACCGCAGACGGAGUACAGUCUAGGGGAGCCGGAGAUUACAAACCUCACUCGGGGAAAAGGAUCUUGGGGUGAUUAUAACACCGGGCACAUCUGAGGUGCACAUCAACCAAAUAACUGCUGCAGCAUAUGGGAGCCUAGCAAACCUAAGAACAUAUUCCAAUAUCUCAACAAGGAAUCGUUCAGGAUCCUGUACACCGUGUAUGACAGGCCUAUAUUGGAGUAUGCAGCACCAGUUUGGAACCCAUACCUAGCCAAGCAUGUUAGGAAAUUAGAGAAAGUGAAAAGGUUUGCAACAAGACUAAUCCCGGAGCUAAGGGGCAUGUCCUACAAGGAGAGGUUAAUUAAGGGAAAUCGACAUUACACUGGAGGACAGGAGAGAAAGGGGGGAUAUGGUAACGACAUAUAAAAUACUACUGUUUGGAAGUGACAAGGUGGACAUACAGGAUGUUCCAGAGAUGGGACAUUGUUAGGAAGUAUUUCUUCAGAGUUGUCAAGAAGUGGAAUAGUCUGGGAAGUGAUGUAGUGGAGGCAGGAUCCAUACAUAGCUUUAAGAAGAGGUAUGAUAAAGCUCAUGGAACAGGAAGAGUGACCUAGUAGCGACCAGUGAAGAGGCGGGGCUAGGAGCUUGGACUCGACCCCUGCAACCUCAACUAGGCGAGUACAAUUAGGUGAGUAUACACACACACACACACACACACACACACACACACACACACACACACACACACACACACACACACACACACACACACACACACACACACACAAAUAAAUAUUCUUUUUAUGGAGCUAUCAGACAGCUGGAAGGCGGCCAACGUCUUUCAAAUGUUUUAAAAUACGAGAUUAGUAAAUUACUUGCAUACCUUGUAAGGUAUUACUGCUUCAACAUCUGAACAAACUUUUGAAACUAAAAACUAAAAUUAAAGCUUAGUAACCCUCACCUUAAGAACCUAAAUUAACAUCGAGACUGAAAUCAGUGAGGACAUUGAAAUCAGGAAUAUACCUUUGAGUUCCGAGAGUUCUUUCCACUCUGAGUCCGGCAUUGAAAUCAUUUCCAGACUAUUCUAGGACCUGCAUGAGGGUGUCAUCCAUUGAGGACACGGCAAAUCUCCAAUAAGAUAUAAACCAAGUUUUCCAAUGGGCGACGGAGAACAAUAUGAUGAUCAGUGAAGACAAAUUCCAACUACUCCGUUGUGGAAAACUGGAGGAAAUAAUAACUAGAACUAAGUACGUAUACUACAAACUCUAAUCACACAAUAGAGCGGAAAAGUAAUGUGAAGUACCUGGGUGUGAUAAUGUGUGAGGAUCUCACCUUCAAGGAUCACAACACUGCCACUUUCAUAUCCGCGAGGAAA